GUCAAAACAUAAAAAAUAUACAUAACUCAAAUAAAAUUGUGUAAUAAAUUGUGAAAUUUGCGAAAUUUCGAAAUGAUUUAUGAAUUUCUAAUGCUAAUAUUUGGCUGGCUAUAUCCGGCAUACGCGACCUAUGCCAGUUUGGGUGCGAAUCAAGCGAAUCAAGUGAAAUGGAUGAAAUAUUGGAUUGUAUUUGGCAUAUUUACAUCGUUUCAUUUCCUGACUGGAUGUUUGGAAUGCUGGGUGCCAUUUUUUGCGGCCUUUAAGCUGUGUGUUUUACUGUGGCUGUUGCCCAACUUAGGAGGAGGUUGUCAAUUGAUACUGGAGGAGCUUUUGGAUCCGUUAAUGUGUCGCAAUCGGAUGAUCAUACAGCAGGCAUUUAAUGGUGUCUCCGAUAUCAGCAGUGCUCUCUUGAGGGAGCUCAUUAAGAUGGUUUAUCAUCUGUUGGUGGAUGUGGUGGAACAAUGCUGGCAAUUGACCCGCAAUGCGGAUGAUAUUCAUGUGCCGACUCGCCUCCAGGCGGCCAUUAAUGAGGUAAUUGCGGAAUUGCGUGCAGCACGUCAGGCUGCGGCUCCGGUUCCGGUUGUGACUCCGUCUGCAGCUCCGGCUGCACUUGCUCUGCUUCCGGCAGUUGCCCCACCGGAACCGCUACCUCUCGAUGUCCAGCCGAAUCCCAUUGCCAAUUCUACGCCGAUUCCUUUGGUCCGUGCCGCCAAUUUGACCGAUGAUGAUGCCAUACAAUUGCGUAUUCUAUUAGCUGAAGCCGCCAGCGCCAUUCGGAUGCAGUGGCGCCUCCAAUCCGCCCAUCAGGAGCACCUGGCACCCAUUCAAAGUGUCCACUCCCAGCUGUGCACCGGAAAGCAUCAACAGGAGCUUGAGGAUGUCGAUCGCGCCUAUCUGGAGUACCAAGCUGGCGAACAGCAUUAGGAAUCCCCCUAAUGAUGACGGAUUACGGACUAUGGAUUACGGAUCAAGGUUUACAGAACGUUUUCGACUGUUUUUUUUCAUCAGUUUUUUGUUCACACUUGUACUUUCAAUAAAUCAGGCAUCGCAACUGUAAGAGUUUAAAAUUGA